GAUUGUGAUUUUCUUAAACGCUGAAGUAGAUUCGCUGCUCUUUCGGUCUAAUUCUGAACGCAUCACUCUACGCAAUUCCUUGUUACAGGAGCGAGAUGAUCAUUGUCGUAGAGGAAACGAGGAGCGAAAGCAGAGAUACCCAUCAGAACAAGAACACAGGAGAGACAGAAGUGGUGACAGAGAUAGACACCGAGACCACUCAGACAGGAGGAAGAACUCAAAUGAAAGACCUGGAGCUCGAGGCCACGAGCGAGAGAGGGAUGUUCAGAACAUCCGUGAGCAGCAAGCAGAGAGGGAGUUUUAUAACGAGAGAAGACGAGAGCAUCGACAAAAUAACGAAGGCAGUGGUGUUGACCAGAAUCCAGAACUCGGGCAAUCUGAUAACAAACCUAAAGAAAAAGCUGCUGUAAACAAAGAGAAGCCAAGCUUUGAACUGUCUGGUGCGCUUCUAGAGGAUACCAACACUUUCCGAGGUGUUGUGAUUAAGUACAGCGAGCCCCCCGAAGCUCGGAUUCCAAAGAAGCGAUGGCGCCUCUAUCCUUUCAAAAACGAUGAGUUUCUCCCAGUCAUGUACAUCCACAGGCAGAGUGCUUAUCUUCUGGGCCGGCACCGCAGGAUCGCAGAUAUUCCAAUUGACCAUCCCUCCUGCUCGAAGCAGCACGCCGUGUUUCAGUACCGGCUUGUGGAGUACACGCGUGCCGAUGGUACCGUUGGCCGCAGAGUAAGGCCCUAUAUCAUCGACCUGGGCUCUGGGAACGGCACUUUCCUCAAUAACCAGCGGAUUGAACCCCAGCGUUAUUACGAACUCAAGGAAAAGGAUGUGCUGAAGUUUGGGUUCAGUAGCAGGGAAUAUGUUCUUCUCCAUGAAUCUUCAGAUAAAUCUGAGGCCAACACAAAGGACGAUGAUGAUGAGGAGGAGAAGGAGGAAGAGUCUGACAGUUAACAGACAAGGAGGAAAUUGGGGGUGGGGGCAGGGGAGAGGAAUUCUUUGCAAUUGAACACGCAUUGGGAUGUAAACAUUGGAGCAUCGCAGCACUGAUGCCUCUUAUUGCCUUAAAGUCCUUUUUCUGUUGCUGGU